CUUUUGCACAAGUAUUAGGGAUUCUUCCAUCAGUUAUCAUGUGUGUAGCUUAUAUGCCAGGGUGGCUUAUCUACCUGAAAUUAAGGUGCUGUCGAACUGUUGAUUGCAAUGGUAGGACUCUUCUAUUUGUUAUAAAAUGUGGAAGCGAUUCAACAAUUUUGUGGAAACAAACUGUGCAAAUAGCAUGUGUCAGAGUCAUAAAAGAAACAAAAAAAGUAGAAGACUAUAAAGUUUUGAAUCUAAAGCAAUUUUUGCAAGCAUAUAAGAUGAUAUUAUAUCAUAUCAGUUGUAUCUCAGGAAUGGAAACAGGUGCUGAUGAUGAAGCUUCUUCAUCUUCAGAAGGUGAAUUAAAAUCUGAAACCUUGCGACGAAACCCAAUUUCAACAUCUAUGAUUUUGAAUCAGAUAGGUAGUGCAGAAACAGCUACAGAUUUAGAUGAAUGUAUUGUUUGUAUGGAAAGGAAACCAGAAGUUACCCUACCCUGUGCCCAUAGUUAUUGUUUAUUCUGCAUUGAGCAAUGGAAUGUAUCAAAUAAAACAUGUCCAGUAUGCAGAGAAACUCUUGAAAAUACUGAUGAUUCUUGGGUCAUACCUGAAAUACCUGAAUCAUCAGAAGUUGCUGAAGAACUUCAAAAGGCUAUGACAGCUCUAACAACAAGUACAGACAAGGAAUGGAAGAUCUAAUUCAUAUAAUUAAUCAUGAAAGAUAUUUUUUUAAGCUCGAGUCUUUGAAUUUACCUUUUGUCAGUAUAUAGUGUUUUAUAUUUUGUGUAUAUCCAUUUCUAUAUGAAAGGAAUUUCAUUCAAUACCUCUGUCAGAAAUACUUCAUAUGAUGAGAAUCAUAGCAUUUUUCAUGCCCAUACAAAGUAUUUUUCAAAGAUUCCUUUUUGUGCAACAUUGAACUAAAAAAAUAAUGAAAUAUUUAGGUAAGGAACAAAAUUAUUAUUUUUUUAAAGAAUUGAAUGUUUAAGAGAAAUUUAAUUCUGCAUAUGUUAUUUGACCUUGUUAAAUUAUUAACAUCUGAAAUUUAAGCAACAUAUUUAACGAAAUAUGAGCUUAAAAUCUUUUAAUUGGUGCUUAACCCUCUGACUGCUCAAUUUGUAGAUCUAAAUAGCUUCCAAAAUUGCGUAAUUUUUUUUUUUUGGCAUAUUUCAGAUCUAUAUAUAUAGAAGAAUUGAAUAAUGCACUUUUUCUUUCUAGAAAAUAUUUUUUAUAUAGAUUUUUAUCAUGAGAAACUAAGUUGCCAGA